CUGGGUCCAGUCCCCAAGGUCAGAGUAUUCGGGCUCUGGGCCCGGCGCGGAACCGCUCGGCCACCCCGGCAGCUCGGAAGCGGCAGCCCAGCGGGCCAGGCGGCCGGCGGCGCGUGGGCCCAGUGCGGGCGGCGCGGAGGUAGGGAGGGGGCGCCGGCGGGCGGCGGCGCGUGGUGAGCCCGCCCGGUCGGCCCUCCCCCGGGCGGGGCCAGCCCACACGGCGCUGACUCAGCAACGCGAGGGGGAGUUUUGUCCCUCCGCGGACCCCGUUUCCCCGGGCCUCAGCCCUCCGCCGCCACCGAGCCGGUUCCCCCUUUCCGGCGCUCGGGCUGCGAGCGGCAGGUCCGGCAUCUGAGGCAGCGAGCUGCGGUGUAACCCCGGUGCUCCCCACUGAGAACCCCGAAACUACCGUUCCCCAGCCGGGCGGUGUGGCCACCAUGAACAACGCGGGACUGAAUUCGGAGAAGGUAGCUGCUCUGAUUCAGAAACUGAAUUCCGACCCUCAGUUCGUACUUGCCCAGAAUGUCGGGACCACCCACGACCUGCUGGACAUCUGCUUGAAGAGGGCCACGGUACAGGGUGCUCAGCAUGUGUUCCAGCACGCUGUGACUCAGGAAGGCAAGCCAGUCACCAACCAGAAGAGCUCAGGGCGAUGCUGGAUCUUUUCUUGUCUGAAUGUUAUGAGACUUCCAUUCAUGAAAAAAUUAAAUAUUGAAGAAUUUGAGUUUAGUCAAUCUUAUCUCUUUUUCUGGGACAAGGUUGAACGUUGUUAUUUCUUCUUAAAUGCUUUUGUGGACACAGCCCAGAAAAAGGAGCCUGAGGAUGGUAGGCUGGUGCAGUAUUUGCUUAUGAAUCCUGCAAAUGAUGGUGGACAAUGGGAUAUGCUUGUCAAUAUUGUUGAAAAAUAUGGUGUCGUCCCUAAGAAGUGCUUCCCUGAAUCUUAUACGACAGAGGCAACCAGAAGGAUGAAUGAUAUUCUGAAUCACAAGUUGAGAGAAUUCUGUAUACGACUACGGAACCUGGUACACAGUGGAGCGACCAAAGGAGAAAUCUCAGCCACACAAGAUGUCAUGAUGGAGGAGAUAUUCCGAGUGGUGUGCAUUUGUUUGGGUAAUCCACCAGAGACAUUCACCUGGGAGUAUCGAGACAAAGAUAAAAAUUAUCAGAAGAUUGGCCCCAUAACACCGUUGGAGUUUUACAGGGAACAUGUCAAGCCACUCUUCAAUAUGGAAAAUAAGAUUUGUUUAGUGAAUGACCCUCGGCCACAGCACAAGUACAACAGAGUUUACACAGUGGACUACUUAAGCAAUAUGGUUGGCGGGAGAAAAACUCUAUAUAACAACCAGCCCAUUGACUUCUUGAAAAAGAUGGUCGCCGCCUCCAUCAAGGAUGGAGAGGCUGUGUGGUUUGGCUGUGAUGUUGGAAAACACUUCAGUGGCAAGCUAGGCCUCAGUGACAUGAAUGUCUAUGAUCAUGAGUUAGUGUUUGGUGUCUCCUUGAAGAACAUGAAUAAAGCUGAGAGGUUGACUUUUGGUGAGUCACUUAUGACCCACGCCAUGACCUUCACUGCUGUCUCAGAGAAGGAUGAUCAGGAUGGUACAUUUGUGAAAUGGAGAGUGGAGAAUUCAUGGGGUGAAGAUCACGGCCACAAAGGUUACCUGUGCAUGACAGAUGAGUGGUUCUCUGAGUAUGUCUACGAAGUGGUGGUGGACAGGAAGCACGUCCCUGAAGAGGUGCUAGCUGUGUUAGAGCAGGAGCCCAUUGUCCUGCCGGCCUGGGACCCCAUGGGGGCCUUGGCCGACUGAUGCUGCCUCCAGCUCUUUCCUCCGGGACCUGAAGUAUCUGCAAAGGACAGAUCCAAGGACUGAAGCCAAAGUUACCGGGUUCCCAAGGACACAGCCAGACUCUUGGAUUUCUCCUCCAGGAACCUCUUUGGAGAAGUGCUUUAUGAUGAAACAAAAUAUUCUUAAAGGGAAAGAUCAGGUCACACUAUGUACUCUCCUCAUUUCCAACAGCUCAGGAUCUCUUAGCAUUUUAAUCAGAUGUCACUGUUUGUCCUAACUCUGUCAAAAAGGUCUGGCUUAGUGUCUUUGAAUAAGACAGGAGAGGAUGAGCAACUGAAUAAUAUGGAGAGAAAAUGGACCUGAUGCUCCUUGUUUCUAGCGUAGAGUUGGGGGAGGGUUAUCCUAAGAUUUGAGCUUUCAAACUGCAUGCUGCCUGACAGUAUCACUGUCCUUCCUAGAUGGCAGUCAACUGAAUUCAGUUUUUUUCAAGGUAAUUGUACGUGCCUCUAAUAGCCCAGGAAUGGGAGGUUGAUCAAGUCUGACAUGAUUCCUUCCUGUUGUUUGGAACUGUGGGAGAGCACAGCUCUACUUGAGUGAGGGGUAAGUAGAGGCUUAGAGAAAGAUGAGUGUGAGAACAACCAAAACCUUAUCAUGAUCUGAAUUAUAAUCCUUAGGGGGAGCUCUAGCCAAAUGGUUUAACUUCUGCCUCUGGAAUUGGGAGUUGGGUGGGCAGGAAAAGGUGAUACCAUUCUUUCUGACAACUAGAUGGUGCUGAGAAGCUUUUGAAUAAAACACUUUGCUAAA